AUGACAACAACUGCUUUUAUGGAAGACUUUGAAAAGACAGAGGUCAACAAAUUAGAUGUUCUGGAGUUUGCGCAGAUCAUGAGAUCAAAUUACACAAAUUCUUCAUUAUCAUUCGUACUAUUCGUGGGGGUCAUUAAUUACCAUUCUCAACAUUCUCUCAACCAAAGGAUAGGAACAGCUAAAAAUUUAAUAUAUAGGGCUUUCACACUAAGUGACCCUAUAUUCCACCAAGAAAUUCACAACAAGAUCACUUCUAUAUUGAGGCUUAAUAACUAUCCUGCUAGUUUAAUUAGAAGGUUGAUCAACCAACACCUGCAAUCUCGCCCCAAGUCCACGAUUAGUACGAAUGAUAAUGAAGAAUCUAGUAAAAUUUAUUGCAGUUUUCCAUACUUAAGAGGUCUCACGGAAAGAAUUAAUACCAUAACAAAGAAACAUAAUUGCAUCUUAGCCUGCUAUAACAAAAACACUCUGAACAACUUCUAUACUAAACUUAAAGAUCCACUCCCUAUAGAAAAACAAUCCAACGUUAUAUAUAAGAUACCAUGUUCAGGUUGCAAUAGUUCAUAUAUAGGUCAAACCAAACAGCUUCUCUCUAAUAGAAUUAAACAGCAUAUAUACAGUUGCAACACACAUUCGUCGAAAGAUGACGACAAUAAGACGGCUUUAGUCGAACAUCACAUCAAUACCGGUCAUAUAUUCAAUUUCAAAGAUGUCACUAUCGAAGAUUCUGAAACUAAUUACAGAAAACGUACUAUCAGUGAAAUGAUACAUAUAAAAGCCAAUGAUACUAUUAAUAAAAGAACUGAUACCCAAAAUUUGAGUAGAAUUUACAACAUCCUUAUAAACAAAUAUAAGAACAAAAGGUAAGAACACUGUUGUUGAGCCUCCUGCAAUAAUUAACACUUGUCACCAUUUACCCAAUUUAUUGACCACCGACUAUAAUUGUCCUUCUCUUUAUAUGUAUAUGUCCAAAAUUAUUUGACUCUUUGAUUGUGUGAGAUAUGUACUUAAGGAUUAAGUUGCGCAUUGAAAAUGUUAUUUGACGAUUGUUCACACUGUAAAUAUAAUAAGUAAGUAUAAUUAGAUGUGUAAAAUGUUUUUGAACACGAUCAAUAAUUGUCAGUCAUCUAUCUUCAGUUGACGUGUGCCAAUAUCGUUCAAUGUGUAGUUAUUAAUAUGUUUUGGAUGUUAGAGAGGAAAGAUAUUUUUAGUGUUUUUAAAUUUCCAUCAUAACUACAGCAAGUUUUGUUGAUGAUCGAAACAGGUUGACGAUCAUAUAUAUGUUUUUAAUUUCAAAUAAUUCAAAUGAAUUAGUCAUGAUUAAGGACAACCCAAUUGUUUUGUAUGUGAUCAAACAAUAAAUGUCCGAAACGUCGACAAAAUUCAACUGGGCU